UUAAAAAUAGCACGUGCUAACAGGUACUCGGCCAAAAGCGACAGUUGUAAAAUAAUAUUAAUAAAAUCGCGUGUUCAUAUAGCCGGCUGAAAAUAAAAAGUUGUGGGCGAAGAGAGCAGCAGAGAGAGUGCCAGCGAAAGGCCCACUAAAACGCCGCCUUGUUAAUUAUUAAAUUGCCAGAAUAUAUAUCGCUCCAUAUAUAAUUCUAUUCCGAGUGAUAAUCGCUGGGUUUUUGCCCUCUGCGCCGCGUAUGAAAAGCCAAAGAAGAUUCGCUGGGUAAAAACCGAAUACCAAGAAGUUCUAAAUAUUACUCAUUCGUUAAACCCCCUCCAUAACCGGUGUUUUUGUGAUUCACAAAGAGUGAAGAAGAGUGCAUUCAGUGUGGUGUAGUGCCCAGCCGUAGACCCAGUUCCAGUUAGCCCGGUGAAAUAUGUCCAGAAAUAGGGCCGCCAUGGUCAGCGCCUUCCGGCUGUUCCUGCGACCCUCGACCACCACCUACAGAAGUCUCGCCCUCCGUGUGGCCCCCGUCACGACCUUUGCCCUGCACUUACGGCCAGGUCAUGAGCUCCAGCAGCACAGAAGCUUUUCUUCCACGGCGGACGAUGACGAAACGAGCGGUGGCAAAAAGUCGGACAAGCAUAAAAAACCGACGACGGGAGGUCAAAGUUCAAGUCAACAUGUGGCUGAGCAAGAAGAGGUUGAAGAAAAUGCGAAAGAAAAGGAAUCGAAAUCCAAUCAUCGUGUUAAGUACCGAAAAGGGGAUCCGAAAUCUGAAAAGUUUUUACCGCCUGCCGAAGUUGCAGAUGACUGUAACAAAUCUGAUAAAUUGAUAUCAAGAAUUAACAAAUUUAAGGGUUUACAACAAAUGAAAAUAGUCAAAAUUAGAAAGAAUACAGACGUUAGCAAGACAUUACAUUUGAAAAAGAGACCAUCAAAAUUUUCAGAUCGACAAAAAAUACAUUUCAGUCGGGAAACAAGUAAUCUGUUACCAAUCAAGAGAAAAACAAGAAGAAGAAAAAAGAAAUUGAUACAAAAUCGAAAGAAAACAAAAAAGAAAAUUAAUAACGACGACAUCUAUGUGGAAUACGUGAAUGGUAUGCCACAUAUGACUGUUCGGCUUCCCAGUCGCAAUGAACUCUGCCAGUUCGCCCUGAAACCAAUCUCCCACAACGUUGGCGACCUGCUGGCCAUGCUCAAAGCAGAGGAUCGCGGCAUCGACCGAGCUGCGGUGAUCAACAGGCACGGAGUGCGAAUCGCUUCAUCUUGCACCAUCGACAGCUUGCUGGAUGACUCCUUUAGCAUACAAAUCAACAAUCGCACACUGGAGGUCAUUCCACCGAAACGUGAGAGGAUCACAGUGGAAUCAGUGGACAAAGUGGGUGAUGUGCGCAAGGUUAUUGCUCAGCUCUACGAGGCAUUCAACGUGGGCGAAUAUCAGCUGGAGAAGAGCAAUCAACUUGCCAAGGAACUGGAGACCUUACGCUACGAACUCGAGCCACUGGAAGAGAAAAAACUAGAACUGAGCAAAAGGGCUGCUCGUCGAACCAACUUUAUGACUUGGAUGGGUUUAGGUUUAAUGUCCGUGCAAUUUGGCAUCCUGGCGCGCCUGACUUGGUGGGAAUACUCUUGGGAUAUUAUGGAGCCCGUCACCUAUUUUGUUACCUACGGCACGACAAUGGCAAUGUAUGCCUACUACUGUGUUACCAAGAGGGAAUACAUGAUGGAGGACGUGAAGAACCGCGAAUACUCGCUCACCCUUUAUAGAAACGCCAAGAAGAUCCAGUUUGAUGUGGAGCACUACAACAAUCUGAAGCGCAAGUCGGCGGAGUUGGAGUACAAUCUCAGGAGGAUCAACGAUCCACUCAACAUGCAAUUACCAUCGCAUCUGGUACGCACCCAGGAAAAUACGCCACCAACCCUAAUUGAGGAAAAGACGGAGCGGAAAUAAACUUAAGGGCUUCUCAGAAAUCAGUUACUUGACAGGGGAAAAUGGAAACUCAAACUAAUUUUAACUUCCUCAAACUAGAAACGAAUAAAAGUCCGCCUUUUAGCUAAAGAAGUUCAGGUGAUCGAAAUGUUGUAGUCAACGUUUGAAAUGAUUUUGUGGACGCAUCACAUGUUGUUUAAAAUCAACUUUAGUUUUUCUCUUUAUGUUAAUUAAAAUGUUUUAGUUGUUUAUUUUACAAUUAAUUAGCCUAAGCCAAAGUUUGACGAUUUGCAAAAACGCACAAGGUUAUUCUGACGCCUGCAGCUUUAAAGCUGAUAACAUUAUUUUAUGUUUAAUUUUUAGUUAUUUAUUGCAAGUGAGAGAUUUGUUUUACGCCUAAGGCAUAUGUGUGUGCAAGUUUUAGCAAAAUAUAUGAAUUAUUUAUUGACUAUUA